AGUUCUGCAUUACAAGUUCAUAGACUGCAAGGAUCACCUUUCCGAGAAGGAUAUACAGCCACUCCUCAGAUCGAGGUUGCUAACAUACAAUGGACAUAUAAUAACACUGAUGAUGUAAUAAAAGUGGAAAUAUGGGAUGUUGUUGAUAAAGCGAUAAAUCCAUCGGCUGUAAAGUCUACCUCAGCGGGACUAAAAUUUGAAAACGAUUUGGGGGUUUCUAAGCAAACACCGCCUACACCUUCUAAGGAGCAAAAUGAGCUUGCUCUUGAUGCCGAGAAUGUCAACGUGUAUCGAAAUACUCAAGGAAUUAUUCUAAUGUUUGACAUAACGAAGAAGUGGACUUUUGAAUAUGCGGUUAGAGAAUUAGUAGCAGUACCGGAACAUAUGGCUGUGCUUUUACUAGGAAAUUUCGCUGAUCUCAGCGCACAGAGAACAGUUUCGACUGCACAUGUAUAUCAAGUAAUCACAGAAUGCAAUGGAAAUCGAUCAUCUAAAUAUACAUUAGCAAAUAAAAUACGAUAUGUUGAGACAAGCAUGCAAUCUGGACUAGGACUUGAUUACAUAUAUAAAUACUUCGGAGUACCAUUCUUACAGCUACAGCGGGAUAUCCUUAAUCAACAGUUAGAGGCAAAAUCGAAAGAGCUAUCAAGUUUACUUAACGAACUUGACGCAGACGUGGAAAUUCCGGCCCCCAGCGAAUUACCAGAAAAUAGCUCUCUAGAAGACAAAUCCUCCCUUGAAGGAAAAUUAGAGUAUCAGCAGGCACUGAAAAAUUUUUGGGAAAAGGAAUAUCGUGAAUUAGCAGGAGAAAGCAAUAUUCGUGAAGAUAAUACUUUGGAUGCUCUAUCAUCCCAGCUCCUACCAUCUCUCCACAUUCAACGCGAAAGAGCACGCACUCCAGAUCCAUCACAGCUUUAUGAUUUCAAUGCGGGAAAGCUCGAAGAUGACUUUUUUGACGAUACUCCAGAUACCCUUCCCAUCCCUCCUCGGCCCGCAGCUGUUGACUCUGAUGAUGCAGCGGGAGCCAAUCCAAUGGUGGCAGGUGAUGAAGAUUUGGAAGGAAGCAGUGGUGGUGAAUCAGACAAUGAAGGUGAUAGGUCAAAAAAGGAAUUUCAAAGUGGUAUAUCGGACAUCUGGCACAGACGAGACAUAUCCUCAUCGACCGGACGUGGUGGCGUUGUAAGCAGUGGGAGCAGUGAUGUUGACGAUGAAAUGCUCCAAACGGGAGAGGAUGAAGAGUUGGAUCCCUCGGCAUCUGCGUCGCGUACAGGGUAUGAAGAAAUCAGUAGCGGUUCACCAGCUGGUGAUAAUCCGUGGGCCGAGUCUGGGCAACAUCUUCAUCACCCACAGUCAUUUGUCGAGUAUGGUGAUUUGUCAUCUGCUGCUCACUGGCAACAGUCCAAUGUCAGUGGUAUACAGUCAUUUGUGAAAAGAGACAGUAAAGACAUUAAGAAGAAAAAGAAGAAGGGUAGUAAACUUACAAAUGAAGACAAAGCUAGUCGAGAGAAUAAGGAUGGAAGAAGGGUUGGAGAUAGUCGUGAUCGUGAAGAACGUAUUCACGUGUAA